AGAGAGAGAGAGAGAGAGAGAGAGAGAGAGAGAGAGAGAGAGAGAGAGAAAUUACGACGAAGAAACAGAAAUAUUCUGUGCGACACGUUGAUCUGAAAAGUGUUGACGAAUAUUACUAUUUAAGUAAUAAUAGCGAAUUCAAGUGAAAUCUUAUACAUAAUACGUAUUGAAAUGUAAAUUGUGUUUGGUUGUAUUUUGUGUUAUUCGCCUCUGAUGCUAAAUAUAAUGGAAAUUCGAUUAAAACGAAUCGAUUAUUAUACAUUUAUUUCGGAACAAUACCUCCCAAACUAAUUUCUCGUCUCGACAAAAUCUCGAAAUUUCGAUACCGACGCGUUUCCACGCUCGUAUCGCGAGAUUUAAACUUUUCAACUUUCGAACUGUCGACAAAUUUUCAAGUUCCAAAUUAAAUUUCAUCAAACUCCUAUCCCGCGAAUCUUGUAUUCGUAUUAUUCGAAUUUAAAUAUUGCCGCCAGACACGCGUACGAAUACCGAUUGGCUAUUGGUGCGCUGUUGAUACUGUACGUGACGUAACCGAAGAAUGAUUUUGAAAAUACUAGCAUAACUUGAUGAUGUAGUAUGUACACAUGAUACACGGUGGUUUAUAUUUACAAUUUUUCACGUUGACGAAAAGUUUCGGUGCUGUUCCGAAAAAAUUGUUUAAAAUGGGACCUCUCGAAUGUGCUAAAAAGAUCGCGGCUUACAGAGCGGUCGAUGAAUAUGUCAAGAAUAAUAGCGUUAUCGGGAUUGGUAGUGGAUCCACUAUAAUAUACGCUGUCGAUAGAUUAGUGGAGCGUGUAAAAGAAGAAAGACUUAAUAUUGUUUGUAUUCCGACCUCCUUCCAAGCUCGUCAGCUGAUUUUAAAUAAUCACCUUACGUUGGGUGAUUUAGAAACUUAUCCCAAAUUGGAUUGCGCGAUCGAUGGAGCGGACGAAGUCGAUUCUGAGAUGAAUCUUAUUAAAGGCGGAGGAGGAUGUUUACUUCAAGAGAAAAUUGUCGCGUCGUGUGCUGAUCAAUUUGUUGUAAUAGCUGAUUAUACGAAAAAUUCUGGAAAACUUGGAGAGCAGUAUAAAAAGGGUAUUCCUAUCGAGGUAGUUCCUAUGGCGUAUGUAGCCAUCCAAAGAAAAAUCGAAGAUAAUUAUGGAGGAGACGUGAAAGUUCGGAUGGCUUUAGCCAAAGCUGGUCCAGUUGUGACGGAUAAUGGUAAUUUUAUUCUUGACUGGCAUUUUCCACAAGACCUGAGUAAUUGGAAUAGAAUCAAUACAGAAAUUUCAAUGAUGCCUGGAGUCGUUGAAACUGGACUUUUUAUUAAGAUGGCAAACAAAGCAUUUUUCGGUAUGCCUGAUGGCAGUGUGAAAGAACAGUCUUAGCGUUCCGUUAACACUCGUACGAGUGUUACGAAUUAGGAAUAUAAUUUACGACGCGAACGUUAUCGACUCGAAUCUAGUUCAACUAAACAUGACCAGAGGAUCGAAAUAAUCCCGAGUUACUUAUUCUACGAUAUUGAAAGUGAUAAAUAUGCAUUUUCCGGUUCAUUUUUUACUCGUCAUUAAUUGCUCAUGUUAUAUAUAUAUUUUACUUAUACAAGUGGAUUUUAAAGGAGACCAUGUUCUAUAGUUUUAAAUAUUUUCUAUAAUUGUUUUUAGGUAUUUAUUUACAUCGUAAUUUGCGGAAGAAAAAAAUACUUAACACAAUCGCUGUAUACAUUUUAUUGUUAGUAUCAAGUACUUUAUUCGUGCUAAAAGAUCUAUUAUAGUUUUAAGUGUUCGAUGGAAAGUGUUCAAGUGAUUGUAUACAUUAUUUGUAUAAGAAUAUACGAGGUUAAAAAUGAAAAAAUAAUGUUUAUUCAAACAUUUAAAAAUGUCUUUACUACAUUACUUAUUGCAAGUAUCUGUUAUUAUUUCGUUUCGUUAUUGUUAAUGUAUUUGACAUUUCUUUUAACAAUUUUUUACGAUGUAAAUGUUCAAUUGCGAUAUUAAUUCUUAUUGACGUGUAAAAAAAUAAUGUACGCCCGAACAGGGACUCGAACCCUGGACCCUCAGAUUAAAAGUCUGAUGCUCUACCGACUGAGCUAUCCGGGCGCUUGAAAAGUUCACUCUCUUAAUUUUAUGGUAUUAUUGAGUGGAUUUAAGAAAUUAUUUUUACUGCAAAUUCGUUGAAUAUGAUCAUUUAUUCUUGAAAACUUUAAAUAUAAAAAUUGUUGUUUCA